CAUCCCUUUUCCUCAUUAUAAAAUGCUCCCUCUUCCUCCUAUUUCCUCAUCUGUUCAGCAUUCACCCCCGAACAUUAUACUCCCUCCUUUUGACAUCUCACCCCAACCAAUGGCUGCGAUUUCAUCUCUCAAAGCCUUCCUCAAACCAUCCAACAACAGAGAAGCACCGCUCUCCUGCUUCUUCUCACCGACUAAAUCGCCAUCUUUGAACUUCCGAAACGCACCUCUACCCAAAACCCUCACUUCAAAGACCAUCCAUCUUGAUUUUUCUACCCAAAAGUUUAAAAACACACCCACGUGCCUCGCUCCAAAGGCAUCAGCUGCUUCAAGACCAAGCGACGUGCAAGAGUUACACGUGUACGAGAUCAACGAGAGGGAUCGUGGGAGCCCUGCCUACCUCCGACUGAGUCAGAAAUCGGUUAACUCGCUCGGCGAUCUAGUCCCUUUUAGUAACAAGGUCUACCAUGGGAACCUUCAGAAACGUAUAGGAAUCACGGCGGGCAUAUGCAUUCUAAUCCAACAUGUGCCGGAGAAGAAGGGAGAUCGCUACGAAGCAAUCUUCAGCUUCUACUUCGGGGACUACGGUCACAUUUCCGUACAAGGGGCGUAUUUAACAUAUGAAGAUACGUAUUUGGCCGUGACCGGCGGAUCCGGUGUCUUCGAAGGUGUUUAUGGGCAGGUGAAGCUGCAGCAGCUCGUGUUUCCCUUCAAGCUUUUCUAUACAUUUUAUCUCAAAGGAAUCGGUGAGUUGCCUGCCGAGUUACUGGGUCAACCCGUCGAACCGAGUCCUCACGUUGAGCCCUCACCAGCUGCUAAGGCCACUGAACCGCAUGCGUGCAUUCCAAAUUUCACCAACUGAAAAGAAAUACAGUGGUCUAUUAGCAUUGCACCCAUGCUACUGUGCUUGUGGUUUUUAUGUGAUCCUCAAUCCAAUCCAUCCGAAUAUCAGGCUUCACCUCAAUUCCAUGGUCAGGAUUGUCCGUUCAAUGAAAUCUGUAGAUUAUGCCCCAUCUAAAGUGGGUCUAUAAUUUGGACGGUUUGGAUUGAGGUACAUGAAUCCCAGAUAUACAGAGGCAGUGUGCACAUGUAUGAAUCCCAUACUAUGCCAGCGUAUGAAAUACCUCUUGUAACCGUGUAGAGUAGUAGAGCUUUUUCUGUAGAUGUAUUGUGUUACUUUCAGCUGAGAUAAUGAGAUUGCUUGGUGCGUCUGUAUCAAAAA